AUGGUGACCGGCGCCCGGCUCGCCCCGCUGCCGCUGCUGCUGCUGCUGCUGCUGCUGCGGAGCCUGCCGGCGGCCGCCCCGGCGCUGCCUUGCGCCAGCCGGGCAGGGCGUGCGUGCGACGCGCGCGGGCGCAGGGAUGCCGGCGGGCGCGGCGGCGUCUACGAGCAUCUCGGCGGAGCGCCGCGGCACCGGAAGCUGUACUGCGCCACCAAGUAUCACCUCCAGAUCCACGCCAACGGCAAGAUCAACGGCACGCUGGAGAAGAACAGCGUCUUCAGUAUCCUAGAGAUCACUGCAGUGGAUGUGGGGAUUGUUGCUAUCAAAGGCUGUUUCUCUGGCAGAUACCUCGCCAUGAAUGAAAGAGGCAGACUUUAUGCUUCAGAAACCUACAACUCAGAGUGUAAAUUUGUAGAAAGGAUCCAUGAGCUGGGCUACAAUACUUAUGCAUCCCACCUGUACCGGACUGUGCCCAAUGGAGCUAGCAGCAAACGAAAAGCUAGUGCCGAGAGACUCUGGUAUGUCUCGAUUAAUGGGAAAGGACGACCCAGAAGGAGCUUUAAAACCCGUAGGACCCAGAAAUCAUCUCUCUUUCUGCCUCGAGUGCUGGAUAACAAAGACCACGAUAUGGUCCGACUAUUGCACACAAACACUAAGUACAGAGAGAGCCUCUUAAAACCUCCAAGCAAGAACCAGAGAAGAAGGAGAGGACAUUAG